UUCCCCUCAGAAGGUUCCGUCCAGCUUCCCCGUCAUGGCGGCGGCUGCCAAGAAGUGGUGCGAGCGGCUGGACGCGGACACGGCGCGGUCGGUGCUGGCCGGGGCGGACGCGGUGCUCUUCGACUGCGACGGGGUGCUGUGGCGGGGCGAGUCGGCGGUGCCGGGCGCGCCUGAGGCGCUGAAGCUGCUGCUGGAGGCCGCGCCGCCCCUGGGCGGGAAGCAGCUGUGCUACGUCACCAACAACUCCUCGCGCACGCGCGUGGCCUACGUGGAGAAGCUGCGGCGCCUGGGCUUCCCGCCCGCCGAGCCCCGCCAGGUCUUCGGCUCCGCCUACUGCGCCGCGCGCUACCUCAGCCACGCCCUCCCCCCCGGAGGCUCCGCCUACGUGCUGGGCGGGGCCGCCCUCAGCUCCGAGCUCCAGGCCGCGGGCGUGGCCCACCUGGGCGCAGGCCCCGCCCCCCCGCCCGACUCCGCCCACUUCGGCGCCCGCGCCCCCCUCGACCCCGCCGUGCGCGCCGUCCUCGUGGGCUACGACGAGCACUUCUCCUACGGCAAGCUCUGCCUCGCCCUGCGCUACCUCCUGCGCCCAGAGCCCGGCCCCGAGCCCGCCUGCCUCCUCGUCGCCACCAACCGCGACCACCGCCUGCCCCUCGAGGGAGGGAGCGCCGUGCCCGGAACUGGCUGCCUGGUCAAAGCGGUGGAGACUGCGGCGGAGCGCGAGGCUUUUGUCAUUGGCAAGCCCAGCCAAUACAUCUUUGAGUGCGUGGCGAGCGAGUUCAACAUCGACCCCUCCCGCACCAUCAUGGUGGGCGACCGCUUGGACACAGACAUCCUCAUGGGGAACAACUGCGGCCUGACCACGCUGCUCACCCUCACGGGCGUCAGCACCUUGGAGGAGGUCCAGAGCCACCUGGAGAGCAGCUGCCCCGAGAGGAGGAAGAUGGUGCCUGACUACUAUGUCGACAGCAUCGCCGACCUUCUCCUCCCUCUGAAGGCGUAGAUAAAGGGAAACCGUUUUCCAGCUUCUUAGAAGCUAUUUCCCCUCUCCUUCUUCCCCCGCUCCCCCCCCCCCCUCCUUAGGCAAUCCGAGGGUGAUAAUCUCUCCUCGGUUACUGUAAUGUACAUAAUUGCUGCUUGCACAUUGGAGAUGCUUUUAGCACCUAACUUUCGAGUCCUCUGUUUACAAAUUCCUUUUUUAAAAAAUGCACUUUGGAACAAAGAGGGAAGCACGUUGUGUCAGUCCACUCUCAGACGUCAUGAAAGCAUCAACAGUACGUCUGCAGUGUUAAAAGUGUCAGGGUAGAAUUUUGCUCAGUUGGGCUGAAGGGGGUUCUCGGGCACCUUGCGGGAUGGUUUCUUCUGGAAACGAUCGCCGACUCUUUGGGAAUUCAGGGAAUUGAGUAGUUUGAGGGCAUUUCGCUCUAGAACUUGAUUUUAAGCUUUGCUUUGAUGCUUACUCAGGGCCAGUUUUAGGCAGGUAUGAUUUCAGGGGGAAAGAAGCCACACGUGUGUAAGUGUGCGUCUAGUGGUUUUGUCGCCCUCCCUUUCUCCCUCACCUCGAACUGCAACCAAUACGCAAAACACAAAUCUGUCUUUGUGGCGUGUUCCUUCUCGUUAGAUAUAUGUGUGUUUAGAGUUAGGAAAAAACUACAUAUGUCUGUUUUUAAAAUUGACUAUAAUAUAUAUUGCACAUCAGUUUUAUGGGUCGGGGGGAAGAGGGGAGAGAGAGAGAAAUACUUGAUUUCUAGAGAUCUUCCUGGAAUUCUUCAGUUACACACCACGGCAGCACCUGUGUAAUCUGCAGACUAAACACCUGGGCACUUCAGAGUUGUAACUGUGCUAAUUAAAAUGAGCCAUGCUUUCCUUUAGGUCUAGCAGAAAGUGAUGAAUCUGAGCUGCAGGAGAAAGCUGAGAUGCAGGAGAGAGCUGCAGAAGAAAGCUGAGAUGCAGGAGAGAGAUGCAGGAGAGAGCUGAGAUGCAGGAGAGAGCUACCCAGCCCAGGUCACCUGCUGGGAACAGCUGGGCCUGUGGUGGGAUUUCUGUGGCAUGAACAGGUGCAGUUUUCCUCUCUGGCCAUUUUGGAGUCCAUCCUGACGAAGCAAGUGCAGCCGCUUGUGUGGUGCUUCCUGUUAAAAUCUUCCUCCCAGGUUCAUGGGGGGGGGGGGGGCGGGAAUCCUUUGGAGAUCCACCUUGGUGCCGGUGGAAGCUGAAGCCAUGUUGCUUUGCAGUUUUGUGGCAAAUAGGAUGAAUUGCACUUCUCCAGCUGCCCAGGUAGCUUUGUGCUUGUGGCACUAACCGCCAAAUUAUGUAACGUCUCAAGAAACGGGAUCUGUAGAUUAAGGAAGAGCAGGUCCUCUCUUCUGGCGGUGGAGAGAGAGUGCUUUGUUUCUCCUUUCCAGCGCAGCCCAAACAUCUUUGACCUUGUGACAGUGCCGAUUACUGUGCUCGUGUCGCAAACAGGUGAAACGUGUGCUAACUUUGCCACCCCUCUGUACAGCAAUAAUUGUGUUGUCCAUAGUGGAAAGUCUUUUGCACUGAUACAGUACGUCUCAAUGUUUCUACUAUCAAUGGUACCUCUUUGAAGUGUUAAAAAGCUGCACGGUGAUUCCACCCAUUCACUUGUAAUGUUUUCUAACAGAAAGCUUUUUCUCUUUAGGCUGUCUGUUAAAUGUUGUUCGACACUUAGAACCCUUUGUUUCUGUCUGGACUAACUUGAAAAUAGCACAUCAUGCUCCCUGCUCCCCCCCGCCCAGUAGUUGUGCUUAUGCAAUUCUUUGGAGAUUCAGGAAAAUGUAGAGAACAUGAUAAAUGUUGUUUAAACCCUGUCGGGUGCCGCUCAAACCUGUUUCCCAGAUUACAGAACCUGUUACCUCUUUUAACUUGUUUCCGACCUUUGCUUAUGAAGCUGCUGGUGAGAAAACUGGUUGGUGACCCAGCGGCCUGUGGGAAAUGCAUGGUGGGGAACUUGGAGUCACAUUAAACAUAAGGUCUCACUGAA